AUGGAUCCAGGUGCUCAAUCCAAAAAAUAUUAAUUAAAAAUAUUAUAAGUUUCAUUUCACUCCAAUAACAGACUAACAAAAGAACCUUGCAUUUUAUCAAUGCCCUCUUGCUAUAGUGUAUAAUUCUGCUCCAUUUCCCACAAAUAAAAAUAAUUAUUUCCUAAUUCUCAUGAGUAAAUUAAACAAAAUAGCCUAGAAGAUUCAGGUAUUCUAUUCAAAGAGCACUAAGAUCAUGUUAAAAUUCGAUAAAGCACUGAUAAAUAAAGAAGUUAGAUUUAAUUAUUCGAUUUUUCUUCAAUACGAAUAUUACUGAAAGAAAAUAUCAUUUAUUAUAUAACUAAUCAUUUCAAUUAAACCAAAAACAAUCAUAUUUGGAUUUUAUUAAUAAACUUUAUCUUUUAGUAUUAUUACAAUGCUUUAAAACCUGUAGUAUAGUUGGUUAUAGCAACUAUAAUAUGA